GUCGUCUCUUAUUUAUAAUUGAAUUCUGAGUUGUAGUGGUUGGUUAGAAAGAACAUCGUCAUCGGUCAUAGAUCAAGGUUGAAAUUUAUCAUAAAAUUAAAACCAUUGAUUUUAAAAAUCAUAUUAGUUUAUCUAUCUAAUAGUUAACAGUGUAGUGAAAUUAAAAUUCAUACAAAAGAAGUAAAAUAAACAUGACUACACAAUAUUCUUUAGCUCAAGUUAAAGAACACAACGACAACAAAAGUACAUGGAUUGUAAUACAUAACGAAGUUUACGAUGUAACUCCGUUUUUAAACGAGCACCCUGGUGGUGAAGAAGUUCUUUUGGAACAAGCUGGUAAAGAAGCUAGUGAAGCUUUUGAAGAUGUAGGACAUUCCAGUGAUGCAAGAGAAUUAAUGGUAAAAUAUAAAGUAGGAGAAAUAAUACCGUCAGAACGUACUGAAGUUAAACCUAAAAAUACAGAUUGGGGAGUAUCUGACAACAAAGACAGCAGCUCUUCACAAAAUUCGUUAAAAUCAUGGUUAAUUCCUAUUGUUUUGGGUAUCAUCGCUACCAUCGUCUACCGUGCUUAUAUUCAAACUUCCUGAGGAAAGACGUAAUAAAAUUUCCUACACACAGCAUUUAAUUAUUGAUAACUAUCAUAAUAUUAAUUUCUAUUUAGCGUAACAUAUAGAUAAUUAUUAUUGAAACAGAUGUAGUUGAAAUUUCUUCUAAAAUUUGUUUUUAAAUAUUACAAUUUAAAUAAAUUGA